CAUAGGAUUAAUACACGCAGCUCUUUUCUACAAUCUGAGAACGACGUCGUCGCUCCCGGAAUUCUCUCUCAAAUUCCGUCUCCGGCUGACCGGCUCCCCCGACUCUCCGCUCACACACGGAUGGGUUCACCAAGAAACCCACUUAAUCUCAACGUGGAGGAGACACGGCUGCUGAUCGAGCACCCCGAGAGGCUGCAGAUGAACAAAGCUGGUAGCUUGGUGGCUGCAGAAGAACGAAUUUACAUACAUUACCGCAAUCCAGCGGCCCCUCCCAAGAUGGUGUUUCUCCCGGGGCCUAGUCACGACAACGGAGAUGUCAAUCCUACAGUUCAAGAGCUUACCACACUCCCGUUUCCUGAUCGGGUUCUAAUGGUGGGUCAAUCCUUGGGUAAGCUCUGUUUCAGAGACCCAAUCAGAAGCAUCUUUUAUGUGUGUGAUGUGCAAACAGAGGUGGUGGAACAGAGGAUUCCAGAUGUAGGUGCUGCUGCGCCUCGGGCAUAUUAUUCAAAUGAGGCCGCUUAUGGGUUUGGACAUACCGCAAGCGGUUCUUCUUUCAAGAUUGUACGAUUUCCCCUCUUGUUUACAGAGGCUGAAACAGAGAGGCCUCCCACAUAUUUGGAUAUGUACGACAGUAGACGAGGAGAGUGGUUUGAGGUAGUCUUUCCAUCCUUGUCCCUGUAUUACCCAUUGCUGGAGCCAGCUUAUAUGUCGAGGAAACAUGGUUAUCUCUUUUGGAAAGUCAACAUCCGGCGUAUGCAGCACCUGUUAGCUUUCGAUCUCAACACAAACGACCUCCACACUAUUCUGGUUCCUGCUGAUUUUCACUAUAAUAUUAGCAAGCUGAGUUUUGGUUCUGGUUGUGAUGGAGCAAUCAUAGCGUGCAGACAUCGAUUUUCCUCUACUGGUCAAUUUACUGUCGAUUUAUAUACUUUGGAUAUGAAUGUGGACACCCUUGUGGACAUGACAACGGUCCACAAAUGGCGACUCACAGAACACUCGUGCUUUCAACCGGCUCUCUCUAGUGCCACAAGUAGUCUGUUCCCCGUUGCCGGCAUCUCCAAGGGUGAAGACAACCAACAUUUGUUUUUCCUGCACAAUGACAGUAACAUUGUUGGUUUCAAGAUGCAUCAUGAUGGUCUGCUGUGGCAGCUAGUAGCUGAGUACAAAUUGGAUGUGUCUCCACCUGCUGUGCCUAUGGACACCAAUGAACGAGUUUCAAAGUACAAAGCCGUUCCGGUUGGACCAAGGGUAAUCAAAAUGAUCAGAGAGCAGAGAGACAUACCACCCAAUGCUUAGGGGGGCGCUUUAUACAGCACUUUUGUUAAUGAAGGAAAGAUAAGAGACUUGGAGGAGCAAAAGUUGCAUGCUGUAUUUUGAUGUGUAGCUCCUUUGAAACUAUGACGAUGCAUGUUCAAUUGUAAGGAUAGCAAAAUAUCAGAUAUAGUGAUAACUAGUAUUAAAGCCCUGCUUGGCGAGGAUGCAAGAUACCAUUUGAGUUGUUCAAGAGAUUGGUGUUUUGUUUUUAAUAUUUGCAUGAUUUGCUGCCAGAUGUGAGAGCUGACUGUAGCUGUAUAUGUCUGAAAUGUGAGUCUCUGUUAAAGCAAAUAGAUUUCAUUACUUGAAAUGAAACGAUACGACUUAGAAAC